UAUAAGUAAUGGGCAAAGAAAAUGAGUGAGCGAAGACGGAAACAAGAAGGAAAUAGGGAAAGAGGAGAAGAAAGAGAGGGAGUUAGAGUGUGCUUAGAAGUAAGAUCGAGAUUAUUAGAGAGAGCAGAGAGACUUUGAGAGAUGGGGAAAGAGAAAGGGAAGGGAAAUAGACAAAGACGAAAAGGGAAGAAAGAAGGAGAGGGAGGCUGUGCUUUGAAGUGAGUUCGACAGUAUUUGAGAGAGAAAGAGACAGAUAGAGAGAGAGAGAGGACAAAAGGAAAGAAUGGAAGGAGGAGCCGCACACACAAGAGAGAGUGGGCUGUGCUUUGGAAUGUGCGAGAGUGUUUGAGAGAGAGAGGCUGAGAGAGAGAGGGGGGGGAGAGAGAGGUAGAGAGAGAGUGAGGGAGGGAGAGGGAGGGAAAAGAUAGCAAGACAGCAAUAGAGAUAUGGAGGGGAGAAAGAAAAUGAGAGUGUGCUUAGAAGUGAGUGCGAGAGUAUUUGAGAGAGUAGGCCAACCGAUACAGAACGUUCUUUGCCGUCCGAAUGUGAAAAUGUAGUAUUUUUCGAAAAGAUGGAUUUCAUUUGUUUCCAGUGGUAGUCGAGGACAGUAAGUUAGCUUGCUUCCAAUUUGGUUGCCCGCAGUGACGUCAGUUCUGUUAUCAUCAUCCGGCCUCCUCCUGGGUUUAACGAAGCUCAGAGACGCCCACUUUGAACUGCGCACCUCUGUUUACACAGAGUCAUUUUGAAGAGGCCUCUGAAAUCUGCCACUUCCCAACUUAACCUUCAGUCACUCUCAAUAUUUCUUUUUAUUUAUUUUGAAAGGAAAGCAAUAGUAGUUCACGAAUUGAUAUUGAUAGUAAUCGGUGGGAUUUUAAGCGAUUAUUCUCGGAUGUCGGACUCGUUGGAAAAGUCGCCCGUCGCUCCAAGAAGGUGACAGUGGAAAUUGCCGAACACCACCAGAAAGGAACGGUAUAUUUUCAUCGCUGUGCACGGGACGAGGUCAGCUGAAGAUGAUAUGGAUGGUUUUGCUGACGCUUGCUGCUUUCGGCGCGGACAACGGAAUGGCAUCUGCAGGUGUGUUGACGAUUAGGCUGGUGAAUGGAAGCACUCCCUGCUCUGGUAGAGUGGAGGUGUUCCAUAACAACACGUGGGGAACAAUUUGCGACGACUACUGGGAUAUUGCAGAUGUUGUGGUCGUUUGCCGCCAACUGAAUUGUGGCUUCGCUGGAGCAGCGCACGGAUCCGCUAAGUUUGGACAAGGUUCAGAGAAGAUCUGGCUGGACGACGUGAAAUGCGUUGGCUCCGAGACAUCAUUGGGGGAGUGUGUGAUAAAUCCGUUGGGGAAACAUAAUUGCAAUCACAGAGAAGAUGCGGGAGCCGUUUGCGUCCAAGAUCAGCCACCGAAACCUACGAUAUCGCUCAGCAGAAUUUCCGAUGUCUUUGUCAAAGGAGAGGACCUACUCAUUCACUGCAAUUCUCUCGGCCUUUACAAGAGCGCGGUGUUUCAUCUUUUUAAGAACGACCAGAGCAACUACGUUGCAUCGAAAGCUCCCUCCUCUCGGGGAAAUUCUGCUGCAUUCAUGUUACCGAACAUCAACACAGAACAAGAAGGGAACUACACCUGCAGCUACGAGGUUGAGGUAUCUGGAAGGGCCUACAAGUCGGAAAAGAGUAACGAGGUCACUGUCGUUGUCAAAGACAAAUUGACUAGCCCAUCGAUAAGAUUAAACGUGCAAGGCAACGUACUGAUGAAAGGACAGCUCAUUGAGAUUACGUGUGAGGCGCCAGGUUACCGCACAGGAUUCCGGUUUUACCUGUACAAACGCGGAGAUGACAGUUUCACCAGAUCCCAAAUUGCAUCCUCCCGAAUGACCAGAACCAGCUUCCAAAUGCCGGAGAUCAGCACGGCGGAAGAAGGGAACUACUCCUGCGAGUACCAAGCAGAGAUCGCGGGGCGAGUUUUCAACUCGACGCGCAGUGCAGAAAUAAGCAUUGAAGUGAUCGAGGAUGUGGACAUACGUUUGGUUGAUGGCGAGAACGACUGUUCGGGCAACGUACAGGUCUAUUUUAACAACACAUGGGGUUCAGUAUGUGCCGAAUCUUGGGACCUUCCAGAUGCACUGGUAGUUUGCCGGCAACUCGGUUGCGGAUUUGUCAACAUGACUUCGAACCUCGUGGACAGUUCGGUCGCCAGUGAACCCAUAUUUAUGAGCGUAGUGAGGUGUGGUGGCGCCGAAAAGCACUUGUGGGUCUGUCCGGCAAGAGCAUGGAAUAAAGGCAUCCUCUGCGAACGUGCGGGAAGCGCAAGGGUCACCUGUUCAGCGCAACCGCCAGAACCGCAGUUCAACGUAAAGGAAAAGAGAAUUUUCUUCAACGGCUACACUAUUGAGUUUGUGUGCUCUGUGCCCUUCAUAUAUCGAGGCUCCCGAGUAUUUCUCUAUAAGAAAGGGAAAGAUGAUCCAAUCUUGUCCGUCAAGAUGACUGUCAGUACUCUCGCGGUGAAUUUUAAUGUCUCCAAUAUUAACAAGACGCAUGAAGGUACCUAUUGGUGUAACUAUGAAGUAGAAUCGUCAGAGCUCACAUUUCAGUCAGCAAACAGCACUCCAAUCGAAAUCACCAUUCUGGAGAAUGCAAAGCUUCGACUCGUUGGCGGACCAAAUUCAUGUUCUGGGAGAGUGGAAGGUUACUAUAACGGCUCGUGGGGAACUAUCUGCUCUUCGGGAUGGGAUAUUCUCGACACAAAUGUUGUUUGCAACCAGCUCGGAUGCGGGUUCGGCCAGUCAGUCGCCUCCGCCGGUCAUUUUGGAGAAGGAAGCGGGCAGAUUCUAUUCGAUCAAGUGCGGUGCACUGGAUCGGAAUCAUUUCUGUGGUCGUGCCCGGCGCAAUGGAUGAAUCGUCGAAUUUGUCGUGAGAGAAACGAUGCUGGGGUUAUUUGUUCAGAUACUCCGCAGCGACCCGACAUCGACCUCUUGAGAUCAUCGAGCAUCUUUGCGCAAGGAGAGACUGUGAGGAUUCAAUGCGCUUCGCCCAGUUACCUUAAGGGGGGAACGUUCCACUUGCAAAAUGUCGGCGAUCCAAAAUGGCAGUUUUCCAUGAUAGCAGAUGCAGACUACUCCAACGUCACGUUUUCCGUGGAAAAUAUAAAUAUGACUCAGACCGGAUACUAUACAUGCAUGUACCAACUACAGAGACACGGAAAGUGGUACAAUUCCACGAUAAGCGACAGGAUCAAGGUUACUGUGUUAGAACAGCCAAGUAAACCAAUUAUUCAGUUGUUCCGAGAGUCCGCCCAGUAUUCAGUCGGUGAAUAUGUUAGCAUGCGAUGCACGGCCCCUUCCAUUUUCAUGGGAGCAAUCUUCCUGUUGCGAAAGGUCAGCGAUAUUCAGCCGGUGAUUUACAAGCCAUCGGCGGCAUACUCUGCGACGUUUACCAUCGCCAAUAUCACACAUGAGGACGAUGGAAACUACACCUGUUCAUACCAGCUGAAGCGAUCGGGAAACAUAUUCAACUCGACGGAGAGCGACUCUGUGAAAGUGAGCGUGACAGAUAAACUGCAGAGACCGUUGAUCACCGUGCUGAGAGCGUCCAGCGUAUUCGUGCCUGGGGAGAAUGUGAAUUUCCGCUGUUCUGCCUCCAGCAUGUUCGCAGAGAUAACGUUUUACCUCUACAAAGUCGGCGAAUCCGGGCCCAUCAACUCGGUUGGGCCAACUGCAGCUUCCAGCGCGACACUGAACAUUGAAAACAUAACCACUUUUCAGGAAUCCUUCUAUACCUGCAUGUUCAAAGUUACCAUUGGUAACCGCCUCUACACGUCAACGCACAGUGACCGGGUGAAGAUAUCUAUAUCAAGUUCGACCGAGAAACCUUCCAUUUCAAUGAAGAACCAAUUUACAAUUUAUCCCCAGGGACAAGCACUCACCAUAGUGUGCACCGCACCAAAACAGUACCGGCCGACGGAUUUUCAGUUAUAUAAAGGACAAAAUGUCGUAGCUGCCAGAGUGGAACUGCUUGGCAGUUUUGCGGAGUUUACCAUCUUGAAUACAAGCAUGGCCGAUCAAGGUGAUUAUACUUGUACGUACAAGACAUUCGUGGCAAACCGGAACUACAACUCAACGUUCAGCGACGUCCUUACACUAUCUGUUGCAGAAAACAUGCAGCAGCGACUGGUGAAUGGGAGCAACCGUUGUGCCGGAAGGGUCGAGAUUUAUUUCGGCGACGAGUGGGGGACCAUCUGCGACGACCACUGGGGUUUACUCGACGCCCAGGUGAUCUGCAGAGCUCUGGGCUGCGGGUACGCCAUUUCGGCUCCAACUCACGCUCGCUUUGGGAGGGGGACAGGACCCAUCUGGUUAGAUGACGUUGCCUGUCGCGGGUACGAGUCUGUUCUGUGGCACUGUGGCAGCAGGUUCUGGGGCCAGCACAACUGUAACCACGGAGAAGAUGCAAGUGCCAUCUGUUCCGGGCUAAAGCCAACAAUACAGUUGGAACCAAAUUACAACAUAUUUGUGAAAGGGGAGUCGGUUGGCGUUAAAUGCACCAUAGGAAACCGCAAUUCAAGCAGAGAGGUUGAUUUUUACAAGGAUAAUUUCUACCUAGCCCAUCGAGUCCUCAGUCAAGGAGAAAAAUCUGCUGUGAUCCAAAUAGCCAACGUAAGCACACAGGACGUGGGGAACUACAGCUGCAUGUUUCUAAACGAAGUUGCGGGGACAUCUGUAAAUUCAUCGUUCAGUGCCCCAGCGUACAUAGCCGUAACAGAUCCUCUGCAAAAACCGAAAAUAGACUUAGUCACAGUUGGAGGGCAGAAGCUCAUAAACUGCACGGUUGAAAACAUCACAACAAAGAGCACGAUGUAUUUAUUAGAAUUGAGGGAAAACGGUGUCAGGCAAGUGCAGCAGAUGCAAAUGUCAAAAGGCACGUCGACUUUCCCCCUCAAUGAGACCGGGAACGAUGUUGAAGCUCGGUACGUUUGUUUAUACCAAGUCGUUGUAAAUGGGAGGUCGCUCAACUCAACGUAUACGGAAUCUCUUGAAAUAUCUGUUCCAGGUUCAUCCAACGUUAAAUCGAUCAUUGGUUGGUUCUUAGCCGUACUGAUAGCGCUCCUGGUUCUGGCUGUUUCUGUUUAUUAUUUCAAGAAGACGAACACUUCCAACAACAAACGUGAAUACAGAAUUUACGUUCGAGAACGAUUGCUUGACGACGUUACCCAUAUAGAGGCCAUAGAUGAUGAUCCUCCUUAUUAAUCACACAAUACCUUGUUUAUAUUAUUGUUAUGUGGGAGUGUGCUGGCCUAGCUGUAUGUUUUGCGUAUCAGCACACCGGGGAUGGGAAGACCGCUUGCUAUUUAAAUUCACGGGAGUCAACCGAAUUAUGCAUAAGGCGGGGGUGAAAAAGAUGGUCGACGAAUUAACCAUCUUUUACACAAUGACAUCCACAAUUACUUCCUGGAGUCGUGCUGUCACGCAACUUUUUGUAUGUACUUUUUAAAAAAUCAUUUUAUUGGCAAAACCUGGUAAAUGCAACGCUACACCCAAGCAAAUAUUACUGAUGAAUUCUAGACGUUACUUGCACUCUCUCACAUUUAAUGGCCAAUUGCAGCAACCGAUGGUGCAGGAAGAAGUGAGGAACACAUGAAAAUGAUCUGAUGUAAAUUGACUUCAUGGAAAUAAGUGCGGAGCGCGUUCUGAUGGCAUGAUUACAAUUCCCAUUUGACAGUUUCAUUUUUUUUCUUUCCAAAUCUGUUACCGUUAAAAAAAGCCUGCAUUUUGAAAUAAUCAAAUUGUCAAGCUAGUUGAGCUUCAGCCUCAGGGUUGCAGCGACCCGGAAUCCAUCCCGGCCGUCAGUUCUGUCUGUCUGGAGAUUUCCCAUUUUCCUUGUGACCGCAUGGGUUUCCCGCGGGUGCUCCGGUUUCCUCCCACUGAUCUAAGUCUCCCAUGUUGGAAGCUGGACUGGCAUCUGCAAAGUGUCCAGAGGGAGGGAUUUACGGGCAUGUAAGGAUGAAAGGUAAUUUAUAUUUGAACGGGGAGUGAAAUAGGAACCAAGACACACCUGAUAUACACCCGAGGGCGGAAAUAAAUUCCAAAUAUGGUAUUGUAUUCCAAUAAAUAGCUUACAGUUACGUCAGAAUUACACCGCUUGGCCAUCAUACAUACAAGUGAAACCUGAAAAAAUAACCUGAUAUUCUACAUACAUCAUUAUUAUUGGUCAGCAUCACACAAUUUGUCCAGAUCUUUACUUUCCUAAAAUCAGAAAUUCAUAUAUUCACCCCUUCAACAGAACAAUAUUCGUUAAUAUUUAUUUACUUGAGUUACCCUUGUGUAAAGGAGGCUGCGGGCUAAUCUCAUGAAGCUUUCAGAGCUUCUGAAAAGAUCUGAAGUUCAGGGAUAGAGAUGGAUUCUUCUGCUGAGAAAUUAUGUAGGAAGGGAACAAAAUAUAACUGCAUUAUUAGGGUGCUAAUUCGGCCAGCAUUGUUGUGCAUUCAGAACCUCUGAUUUUUUUUUGUAUCUCCCUCCCGCAAAGAAAUUGUUGAAUCCGGGGUUCAACUGGGAAUUUCCUUUGAAGUUCUGAUCGAUACAGAAGUUCUGUGGCUCAGAGGAUUUGAACUAUCGGCCAAAAACAGCGACAUUCUGUUUGAAAAGAAAAUAACUUCGGAGGACCUCUGCGGGUCAUGUGGCAUCUGUGGAUGCAUAAUGUGUACGUCAACGUUUCUGGUCAAGACUCUGCAUCAGGGCUGAAAGGGAUGAGGAGUGGUUGUCAGUGCACAGCAGAAGGGGAGGGCGGAGGUGAUAUAUUGGCUGGUCAGUGAUAUGUAGGAUCAAGAGGGGAAGGCAAAAUAUACAUUUGGGGCGGGGGAGAGGGUGAGAGAGUUGAGCAAAGCAAGAAGAACAUCAGCUGAACGGGUGAGUGCAUAUGGGAGGAGAAUACUGGGAUGUGUUCUCCAUGAUCUUGGAAAACACGACGUUCACACCAGUACCAUUCUCAGGUAACCAACACACCCAGUGUCCUUCCGUACACACUCGCCCAUCCACCAGGUUCUCCUCCCGCUUUGUUCACGUUGCCCACCUGCCACCGACCAGUUCCAUUUGUCCAUCAGUUCCAUCCCAUAGGAUUCCAUCUUUCACUUACCAACUUCUUUCCCACCCCCACAUAGUUCCGUGUGUUCAUUAUCCCCAUUCCAUUUGGUCCCACCUAUAACCGAGCAGCCUCUAUGUCCCCCGUACUGCUGCAGAGCGGCAUUUUUCUUGUUACCACUCUGUCACGAGGCAAGGUCUCGUCGACUCAAGCUUCUGCCUUCAUCGAUACUGCAUGACAAGAGACAUACGUCAGUGAUAAUAAACCUGAUUCCGAUUCAUCUGAAUGUCUUCCAGCGUUGCAAACUUGUUGCAGAUUCCAACGCCUGCCGUCUCUUCUGCUUUCAUGCUAUUACGAGAGUUUGGUUGAAAGAUUUGUCUUGUCAUGUUCAUGAUGUUCCUACGUACCUGUGCCUACGAAGCCUUAACGUAUUGUAAAUUUAACUAUCUUCCUCCAUAUGUGACACAGCUUGUUCUAAACAUUCAAUAAUGAUAUGUACAUCAAUGAUUCGUAUUUGCUCAAUAUAAGGCAAUAAAAUGCUUAUUCUCCCAA